AGCUCCCCUCCCUCCUUCCCUCCCGCCGUUGCCAACCACCCCCUUCCCCUCCCCCCUCGCCCUCGCCGCCGGCGGCCGUCUCGUCGUCGGUGAGACCUAGAGAGCCAAACAGCGCGUUGGUUGUUGAGCUCGGAGAGGGAGAGAGAGAGAGAGAGAGGAUGGAAUUGGAGUCGGAGCAGCACGGCUGCGAGCAUUACACGAGGGGAUGCAGGAUCAGGGCGCCGUGCUGCGGCGAGGUGUUCGGCUGCAGGCAUUGCCACAACGAGGCCAAGAAUUCGCUCGAGAUCCAUCUCAAUGACCGUCACGAGAUCCCCCGCCACGAAAUCAAGAAGGUUAUCUGCUCUCUCUGCGACAAAGAACAGGAUGUACAACAGUACUGUUCUGGUUGUGGGGCAUGCAUGGGGAAAUACUUCUGCGAAAAAUGCAACUUCUUUGAUGAUGAUGUCUCAAAGAACCAGUAUCACUGCGAUGGAUGCGGCAUAUGCAGAACUGGUGGUGUGGAUAAGUUCUUUCACUGCGACAAAUGCGGGUGUUGCUACAGUAAUGUCUUGAGGGAUUCUCAUCACUGUGUAGAAGGAGCAAUGCAUCACAACUGUCCUGUCUGCUUCGAGUACCUAUUUGACUCGACGAAGGACAUCAGCGUCUUGCACUGCGGGCACACGAUCCAUCUGGAAUGCCUGAACGUGAUGAGAGCGCAUCAUCACUUCGCUUGCCCGGUGUGCUCACGGUCGGCCUGCGACAUGUCGGACGCGUGGAAGAAGCUCGACGAGGAGGUGGCCGCGACGCCGAUGCCGGAGUUCUACCAGAAGAAGAUGAUAUGGAUCCUCUGCAACGACUGCGGCGCGACGUCGAACGUGAACUUCCACGUCCUGGCGCAGAAGUGCCCCGGAUGCAGCUCCUACAACACCCGGGAGACCAGAGGCUGCGGCCGCCCUGCAGCCGCGCGCUCCACGGUUUGAUUUCAGCAGCAGGAGCAGCAGCAGCAGAGACGAGUUGGCAUCCAUCUCACAAACUAAGGAUGAAAUCGAGAGCGACAAACAAGAUGCAGAGACGGCUUCCUCUGAACUUAGCCGUCGAGCAAAAGCUGCAAAAUCGAUCGGCGUCGAGUUUGGUAGACACACUUUGCGCCAAGAGGAGUAUGGUGAUUUUGGCGCAGUAUGCAGCGAGUUGAAUAGCCCAUAUAUGUUGUGUUUUCUCUCUCUCUCUUUUUUGUGAGGAUAUAUGUUAUGUUUUGAAACUCCAACUAUUAUUAUUACUAAAUGAUACUCCUAAUAAAAGAGAGACAUCUUCUCAAGAAAAGAAAA